AGGGGGCGGCGGCGGCGGCACGUGCUUAGUGCCCGGGGUCGCCGAGACCUGGGCUCCUUCCCGGUGUGGACCGUGGGGCUCUGGAGCCCCUGUCACACUCCCGGCAACACCUGCCUGUGCCCUUAGGAGCCGCAGCGUGGAGGCGGCAGCCCCGGCCGGUGCUCGUUCUGGUGGGGGCUGUUCGUGUGGAGGUUCGCUGCGCUUCGGACGGGGCGUCAUUUGAAGGGGUCUCUUUUCCUGGAGCUACAGUUCUACAGGCGGAUUUGCUCGGUCUGCGGCCGAGAGGGUUGCAGAAAACAGUCCGCAGGGAAUAGAGGCGGCUCAGGCCUCCAAAAGCUUUAACGUCAAGGAAUUUCAUUGCUUAAGUUGGGGCUAAAACUAUCUUUCGAGGCUAGCUUAUUCAUGAACAUAAAAAGCCCUGUUUGAUACAAUGGAUGAACAGUCACAAGGUGUUCAAGGGACUCCUGUUCCACAGUUUCAACCACAGAAAGCCUUACGACCUGAUAUGGGCUACAAUACGCUAGCUAACUUCCGAAUAGAAAAGAAGAUCGGCCGUGGACAGUUCAGUGAAGUUUACAGAGCAACUUGCCUGUUGGAUGGGGUACCAGUAGCACUGAAAAAGGUGCAGAUAUUUGAUUUAAUGGAUGCCAAAGCCCGGGCUGACUGCAUCAAAGAAAUAGAUCUUCUUAAGCAACUGAAUCAUCCAAAUGUAAUUAAAUACUAUGCCUCCUUCAUUGAAGACAAUGAGCUAAACAUAGUGUUGGAAUUAGCAGAUGCUGGAGACCUGUCUAGAAUGAUAAAGCAUUUUAAGAAACAGAAGAGGUUGAUUCCUGAAAGGACAGUUUGGAAGUACUUUGUUCAGCUGUGCAGUGCAUUGGAACAUAUGCAUUCUCGUCGUGUCAUGCAUAGAGAUAUAAAGCCAGCUAAUGUGUUCAUUACAGCUACAGGAGUAGUAAAGCUUGGAGACCUUGGACUUGGACGAUUUUUCAGCUCCAAAACUACAGCUGCACAUUCUUUAGUGGGUACGCCUUAUUACAUGUCUCCAGAGAGAAUACAUGAAAAUGGAUACAACUUCAAAUCUGACAUCUGGUCUCUAGGCUGUCUGCUAUAUGAGAUGGCUGCACUGCAGAGUCCCUUUUAUGGUGACAAAAUGAACUUGUACUCUCUGUGCAAGAAGAUAGAACAGUGUGACUAUCCACCUCUUCCUUCAGAUCACUAUUCUGAAGAACUGCGACAAUUAGUUAACAUAUGCAUCAACCCGGAUCCAGAGAGGCGACCAGACAUAGCCUAUGUCUAUGAUGUAGCGAAACGUAUGCAUGCACACACUGCAAGCAGCUAAAUAGACAAAGAUCAUGAAGAAAAGAACCAGAAAUUUUCAAGUAUUUUUGUGCAGAUCCUUCCACCCCUUUUUCAUCUGUUACGUAAAUGUAAUUAUUCAGAACAGACUGAUGUGCUUUAAAUUGUGAACCAGUUUACACACAAGUUUCCUGAGGUGUUUUUUUUUUUAACCAAUUUGUAGUUAAAAAUAUAGGUUUAAUGGUAAAUAAAAAAACAGAUUUAAAAUGUAAAGUAUACUAUGGAAAAUAGUGGGUCCUGACAGCUUUAAAAAUAGUGAUUUCAAAUGUAUUUUCCUGUUAAUAACAAAAUUGUAUUCAAUUGGGAGUUGAUUCUAAAACAUCAUAGCGCUGCAGUUUUGCACAAUAUGGAUAUUAGGCUUAUUACCUUGAAACAAAAUGUUUGAAUCUUUCUAACUUUUUAUAACUUAUGGAAGUUAUGAAUCAACACAAUUAAUGAGUUUAUUUUAAUUUUUGUUCUACAAGGGAAAUAAUUGUAAGAGAAUUUUUUGUAUUUUGUACUGAGUUAUACGUAGUUUGCAGUUUAUCUUUUCAAGAUAAAUGAAGAUGGAAACCAUCUGAUUAGUUGUUUUGCUGAAAUGGCAACUGUUAAAUGUGGGAAAAAAAAGUUUUUUGGCAAAAUUGUCAGACACUGAAAAAUCUCUGUAACUUGUCCCUUUUCUUUGUGUUACCGUGGCUUAAAUGAACCCUGAAAAUUGGCUUUAAGGGUUUGGUUUGGCCAGGUUAAACCCCAUACCUGCAGUUUGAUUUGUAUGGCUUGACCAACACACCUGUGCAGCACUUUGUUGACUUCAGUGUGUCUGUGCACAGUCAGAUCCUAAAACCCUUGCAGCUUCCUGUUGUGGUAAAUCGGGUUUUUCUGCAUAAGCACAUGACUUUCUGAACAGGCCUAUUUGAAAGAUGAGGGUCUUAAGUUACAAUUUCCUAGGGAUUUCUGUUUGUGGUGGUGUUUCUAGAUUUUGUUUUUAAAUCCUUUGGAUGACCUUAUACUACUAUAUUUUUAAAUCCUUUUAAAAAUACUUUUUUAAUCCAAUGCCUAUUGCACAAAAUACAGUUGUGCACUGUUAUACAAACAUAUGUUUCAUAAAAUACCUGAUUUUGUUAUCUACCCUAUCUUUUAUUUUAUUGGCCCUAGAAACAUGCUUUUAUAUGCUAUAAAAGUAACUUUAACUUUUGUAUUGAAAGAAAAAAAAAUCAGUGCUGCUUUAUUUGUGUAGUCAGUAUAUUUGUUUAUUAUACAUUUAAAAUGGUAUCAUUUCACCAAUAUUUUAUCUGAGUUCAAAAGUAAGUUCAAAAUAUGUUGGUUACACUUUAUAUUGGUCACUGUGUAUGCAUGAAUGAUUUAUUUUAUUCGGAAGUGAAAGUAAGUACACACCAAUACAUUGUACCUAUAAAUGUUGACGAAAAUUGAGGUCUAAUUUCUCAGAAUUUCAAGACCAUAUUUUUAAACAAACACAUAAAGCUGUCAAAGUGGUUAAUUGCUGCAAGGUUGACGAUGAGAAUUGUACUGAUACCAGCUUUAUUGUUAAGAUUAGUUAGUUUAAAUCUUUUUUUUUGAUAGAAAAAGUCAGGAAAAAGUAAAAAAUCAGUACUUACAUGUAAAUAUUGGAUCUGUAUACAUUAAGUUCACUAUGCAUUCAACAUUUAUAUCUGUUGUUUUUCCACAUUUCCUUUAUUAAACAAGUUUGCAUAGACAGUAAAAUGAACACUGUGCAGCAAUAGUUCUAUUUCUUUGGUAGAACACUUCAUUUCAUUUGACAUAAUUCAUAAAUAAUAAGAACCCAGCUAUGGAUUUAUAGACAAGUUUUUCAACACAGAGAAAAGUUUUUAAAUGUUAAGAAAUGACAUUCUAUUGAAAACUAUUUGUUUGUAAAAAUGCAGGUUUUUUUUUUAUAUGUCUGGGUCAGAUCUUCAGCUGCUUGAAACUGGUGUAGCUGCAUUGAUUUAAAUCAGUGGAGAAUCUGGGCUAUGAUUUAGUGACAAAACUGCUUUGUUGUAGGAUGAAUCCUUGAUUUUUCAUCUAGCUGUUGUGUGUGUAUUGAAUGUAAUCUUUUGGGGCUGCAUUGAGACUACUAUGAUGAGUAAAAAUAGCCAGCUGUAAAUGUUGGCAGGAUUGGGCCCACGUCUUCCCUAUCUCUGUCUGGCAACCGUUACGCUGAUCUUCCAUUGAAUAUAUCAAUUAAUUUACUAGUUCUUGGUGACUAUUAUGUUCCAUACGUUUUGAAAUUAAAUGAAAUAGUUUGUACUAAAACAGGGAACAGAGUAGUAUUUGCUUGACCAUCAGCAAUAGCUGUUAGUAUGCAAAAUUAUUCAAGUCAUUAUUUUAAUCUGUUCUGUUUCUGAUAAACAACAUUUACAAGGAUUGAAAAAAUUAUACACAGCAAAGUUAUUUCUAUAAGAUAGUCUAUUUAUUUUAACCUCUACUUAGGUCAAAUAUGCACAUCACUUUUCCUAAAGAAACUAAUAUUUUAGGCAAAAAAUAUUUCUGGAAGGCUGUAUGGUAAGAAAACCAUGGGAAUAGUUGAGUUAGAAAAUACACCUAAAAAAUGCUAAGGCUUUUUUUAAAAAGAAUUGAUGAUUUAACUUUACGUUGAGUAAAAUAAGUAAUUCUUAUUUUAAAAGCAUUAAAAUAAUGGGAUAGAGAUGAUGCAGUUAAAUCUUAGGUGUUGCAAACAAUUACCCAAUGAAGAUGAAAAUGCUGGACAGCCUAGUGUCAUAUAUUAAAGUUUACAAAGGGUAAAUGAAGUUUACCUCUGUUUAAGGGUCAGGUUCUACAACUUACUCACCCUAAAUAGUACUUAAUGUAAAUACAUAGAACUACCAUGUAAGUAAAGACUGUAGAAUCUAUCCCUUAAUAAAGUGCCUGACAGCAUAUGAGAAUUAUAAAUAUAGUAAAAUUAUUACCAUAGAAUUAUUACCAUUUCUUGAAUGCCUUACCAUUUAAAUAGUUUCUAUUACAAAACACCAUUCUAGUUGCCACAUACUGUAGGUAUUGUUGACAUUUACCCUGAUAUUUAUUUUAUCUGUUGCAUUAAACGCUUUUCCUUUUCAAUGAGUAUUACAUUAUAACCAAAAAUGUGUAAUUAUUCUCUGCCUUAUAUUUCAAUAGUACUGUAAUAUUAUUGUCUUCCUUUGUGAAAUAUGGUAUUUUGUUCUUUGAACACCCAUGUUGAGAAGUCUGCUCUUGGUCUUUAAACUACUUUGCUGUACAAUAUUCUAAUAUAAAUAAAACAUACAAAAAUUAAAUAUAAUGUAAAAAUCAUACCACUUCCAUGAUAGUUUUCGGAGCCUUUCCUGUUACAGAUAUGUAAUAUCUAGUAAUAUACAUAUCUUGUGAAUCCAGUACUGCCAGUAAUUGAUUAUAGAUGAGUUAUUGAAUGGUGCAAGAGAAAGUUUUAAAAAACUUUAUAAUGUAUAUCAAAAGUGCAGAAAAUAUUACAGCAGGCAUGUUCAUGAUUGCACAAAUGUAAUGCUUUUAGGUAAUACUUUUUAAAGAGUAUUUUUAAAUUAAAACGAAGGUGUAUCUGAAAAUCAUAAAAAUAAGUACAUGUAUCAUAAAAAGGCAUUAAAGCCCCUGUCCUGCAAGCUACUGCAUGUGGGUGGAUCCUUCUACCUUCAUGGAGUUCCAUUGAUUUCAAUGGGCUGCUUGUGCACACAGGUUGAAUAAAUGGUAACUGCUGUACAGUGUAUGCAAAUGACAUCUGUUUAUUCAACAUACCAAUUAGACCUUUAUAUUUCACUGUUCUGUAUUGCAAAUUACUGUGCUUUAUUUCUUUUCUGUACAGUUCAGUUUUUCAGAUAUUAAUAAGAUUGGUAGUCUGAUCAUUUUAAGUGUUCCUUUUUAAUGGAUAGGAAUUUUACAAAAUAUGGCAGAUGUAUAAAAAAAAGUAAGUGUC